GUUUGUUUCCUCACCUCCAUGAAAUAUUCCAAGAGACGAUUUCUUUCAUACAGACAUACAGUUGUCAUUAUGUUGCCAAUGUUGUCGUAUAAGCGGUCGUGACGUGAAUACCAGACACCAGUAACCAGUGAGUACGGCUACGGGCUGUACGGUAGUCGGUACUCAGGAUUUUCAGACUCAGGAUCUCCUGAGAGCCAAAGUUCUGACAGUUCGCCAGUACAGAGCACAAUAGGUCGAAAAUGACGACGAACGCGGAGGAUUUGCAGAAACUGGAGGAGGAGGCGAUCGCCAGGGGCACAAAGUACGUCACGAACCUCUUACAGCGGCCGGGCCAGCUGGAGAAGAUCGACAUGUACAAGCGUAGGAUCGCCAGGAAGAAGGCAUCUGUCGAGACCAUGCUGAAAACCGCGAUGCAGAGCCAAUUGGACGGGGUCAGGGUCGGCUUCGAGCAGCUGCAGAGCUCCCUGGAGAGUAUCGCCACUAUAAAAGACGAUCUGGACCAUAUUAAUCAGCUGUUCAACUCUGUCCUGAAGCUCAGCUCCAGGCUGCAGGCAGUGCAGGAGGAAAACAUGCGUUAUUCCCAGUACGUGAUCGCGAAGGAGAACCUGAAGCACAUAUUCACCGUUCCCGAGAGCGUGGAGAAGACGAAGCAGUGGAUAAACGAGGGUAAACUGCUGCAUGCACAUCAGAGCCUGAUGGAUCUCGAGAGCUCCAGGGACGAGCUGCUGUACGAGCUUCACAAAUUGCCGAAUCAGUCGCCAGCAGACACGGUCAUGCUGAAGGCUUACUUCGAAGAUGUCGAGAUGCUCUCGCAGCUUAUGGAGAAGCAGAUAAGACUGGUGCUAAGCCGUACUUUAAACACGGUCAGGAAGGAGCCGACCGUCAUCGUGACGCCAUUGAGAAUCAUAGAGAGGGAGGAGAAGGCGGAUCAGUUUGCCAUUCAGAGGCACAAGCAAAGUGGAUUUAUGGCACCGGGUAGACCCAAGAGAUGGAAGGAGAUGGCGAUGAAGGUGCUGGAAAAGUCGGUCGCCAACAGAAUCGAGGGGACCCAGGUAGAGGAGAGGGCGGACAACAAGAUGUGGCUGGUAAGGUAUCUGGAACUUACACGGCUCUUGAUCCUCGAGGAUUUGAGAGUGGUGAAGACUCUGUGUGGACCUUGUUUCCCACCUUGGUAUGACAUAGUGAGGACAUUUGUCAAAAUGUACCACACGAGUCUGUCCCAGCAUUUGAAAGACAUAAUCACCGGUGGGCUGGAGGGGAACGAAUACGUCUCUCUGCUGGCGUGGAUCAUGAAUACUUAUACGGGGCCAGAUUUGAUGCAGCAUCCCGAGUUGAACAUCGACACGUCCGACAUAGGCCCGUUACUCAGUCCUGAGAUGAUAAACGAUCUUCAGCAGAGGUACCUGCAGAACAUGUGCCAGAAUUACGAGGACUGGAUGAGAAAGACGCUGGAGACGGAGAAGCUCGACUGGAGGAGCGGCAUCCUCCCCGACAGCAGCACUCAGGAGUUAUAUUAUCACACCGCGGCGCCGGUCAUUAUAUUCCAGAUGAUCGAUCAGAAUCUUCAGGUCGCGAAAACCAUCAGCUCCGACCUGACGGCGCAAGCUUUGAUACUGUGCGUCGAGCAGGUGAUCAAGUACGGAUCUAUGUACAGACAGGCGAUACUGGAGUUUAAGACGAGGCACUUCGAGGACAGAAGCCAGGUACCUUACUUCACUCAUCAUAUGAUUACGAUAGUCAAUAACUGCAUACAGUUUACCGAGUUGGCGCAGCAGAUGAAGCAACUUUACUGGGUGCCGAAUACUACCGGUGAUGCCACGGUGAAAUUCGAGAGCCUCCUGGCGAACUAUCAGCACCUGAGGAACGAGGCUGCGGCUAUUCUGCUGCAAGAAUCCUUUCUGGAUCUGGAGCUGCACUUUCAGGAUCUGGUCACGCCCAAGUGGCUGUCGUCGCCCAUCCCGGUGGAGACGAUCUGCGUCACGUUGGAGGAUUACUUUCAGGAUUACAAUCACUUGAGCCCGAAGAACUUCGAGUACGUAAUCACCGAGGCGCAGAAUCUCAUCGCGAAGCGCUACAUAUCUGCAAUGCUGCAGCGGAAGAUAUCGCUGAAGACCUACGACGAGUGUCUGACAUGCACGUCCAAGAUAAUGACGGAGGCGGACAAACUGAAGAACUUUUUCGAUCGAAUCGCUCCGAAGAUCGGGAACUUCAAUUCGCCGUUCGAGAUAAUAAAACGCCUCGCCGAGGUGCUGAGGUGCGAGGACGCGGAAAUACUCUCUCUCGAUCUGCACUCGCUGGUCGAGAAGUAUCCCGACAUGACGGAGGAUCAUCUGAUCAGAUUACUCGGCCUGAGAGGCGACAUAUCGCGAGCGGAGGCGCGAGGGAAAGUCUCGUAUAUCAUGGAGGCUCAACGAAAUCGCAAGCCCGUACAAUCCAUGGCAAACAGCAUAUUCAAGCAGAUAGUUAUACAGGACAGCUUCCUCGGCUGGAAGCCUUGAGACUGGAAGAAGAAUUUCUACGAGGCGAAAAUAUGAAACGCAAAUGAUUUCUCUAUGUAGCACUGCGCUACUCUUCCAAAUCAAAUAUUUUUUUUUCUUAGUACAACGGCGGAAGAUGUUAUUUAGUUGUACAAAUUCGUGUUGACAUUUAAUUAUGUAAUUAUAUAUAUAUAUAUAUAGAGAGAGAGAGAGAGAGAGAGAGAGAGAGAGAGAGUUGACUCUGAAAUUUAUACAUAUCGCCACACGAUAGAUAAGUAACAUAAGUAAAAAAAUUAGCAUUUUUUAAAUAAUGAAAGAUUUUAGAAUUAAUUCUUUUUAUUUGAAACAAAAAAAUUGGCAUUUUUGAAAUAAUGAAAAACUUUAGGGUUUCCUUUUACUAUUUCAAAAAUGCUAAUUUUUGUGAAAAAGUGACACAAGUAAAAAGUGAGUAUUUUUGAAAUAAUAAAAGGAAAUCGAUGCAA